CGCCCCUUAGAGGCCGUGCGCGAGGUGACUUCCGGCGGGGCGGACGCAGGAUCGCGGCGAGCCGGCUUCGGGGUCGGGGGGGCUGCAGGAUGACCACGCUGCGGGCUUUCACCUGCGACGACCUCUUCCGCUUCAACAACAUUAACUUGGAUCCACUUACAGAAACUUAUGGGAUUCCUUUUUACUUACAGUACCUCGCCCACUGGCCGGAGUAUUUCAUCGUUGCAGAGGCCCCUGGUGGAGAGUUAAUGGGCUACAUCAUGGGCAAAGCAGAAGGCUCUGUCGCAAGGGAGGAGUGGCAUGGCCAUGUUACAGCUCUGUCUGUCGCUCCUGAAUUUCGGCGCCUUGGUUUGGCUGCUAAGCUCAUGGAGUUACUGGAGGAGAUUUCGGAGAGAAAAGGCGGAUUUUUCGUUGAUCUCUUCGUCAGAGUGUCUAACCAGGUUGCAGUCAACAUGUAUAAGCAGCUGGGCUAUAGCGUGUACCGGACAGUCAUAGAGUACUACUCGGCCAGCAAUGGGGAGCCAGAUGAGGAUGCCUACGAUAUGAGAAAAGCACUUUCCAGGGACACGGAGAAGAAAUCCAUCAUCCCGUUACCCCAUCCGGUGAGGCCUGAAGACAUUGAAUAACCUUGGGCAGUGGUUCUUAGGCAGAUAGAUGUCCUGGGUAGUUUAUGUACGUUAUUAUUUUCAUUGGAUGAUCUUGGAGCUCUUAGAUUAGGAGAAAAGUAAUCAUUUUAGGUCUUAAAAACUUCAAGAAAAUACAGGUUAUAAAGUUUAUUUUAAAUCUUGUUUCCAGUUGUCAGUAUCACAUCUAUUAAAACUGUUUGCCAUAAUGAAAUUCAGUCAAGGCCAGUAGGUCACUAGGACAGUUCCACUGUCAUCAUUCAAAAUGUCCCCUGUGUGCCAGGGAAAAGACUUGCUCCAACCACCGCCUAAAUUCUGUGCCUGAGAGCCACUGCUGCAUAUACAGAUUUAUAUUUUUAUUCUGUUUUGAACUGUCAAUUGACACUUUAAAAGCAUAUAUGAAAUGUAUAAAUCUAAGAUGUCUAAUAAAAGAUAUUGCUGAC